AUGGCGCGUUUAAGAGAUGUGGUAACGGUUGGUCCCAAUCGUCAACAACCUAAUUGGAAAGAAGAUUUGGUAGCUGCAUUUGCUGAAUUCAUUGGUAUGGCCAUCUUCAUCUUUUUAGCUCUUGGUGGUGUUCAAGCCGCUUUGGAAGCUCAAUAUGGUCCUAGUGCUACUACUAGUCAAAUUCAAAGUGUGGCAUUAAGUUUUGGUGGAUCAGUGAUGGUUGGAUUAUUCAUGUGUUGUCCUUAUUCUGAAGGAGCUUUGAACACGGCAGUAUUGUUUUCACUUGUGCUGUGUCGCAAGGUCAAUUGGUUACGAGGCAUUCUCUUCUUUUUUGCUGAACUUGGUGGGUCGAUCAUCGGUGCGUAUUUUGCCAAUUUUGUCACUGGGAACGAAUUACAAGGUGUGAAUCUAUUGAAACCAGGCUUCAACUAUGCACAAGGGUUCUUUGCUGAAGUGUUAUUGACCAUGAUCUUUUGUUUGGUGAUUUUGUUUGUCAUUGUCGAUAAUCAAUUCUCAUCCCCUGCUUUUAACCCCUUGGUGGUUGGUAUCACCUUAUUUAUGGUCCAUAUGGUCGGUACACCCAUUGAUGGUACAUCCGUCAACCCUGCUCGUUCUUUUGGUCCUGCCAUCGUCACUGGUAAAUGGGCAAAUCAUUGGAUCUUUUGGUUCGGUCCCUUGAUCGGUAGUUUCUUUGCCUACUUGAUCUAUUGUUCUGUCAAAAUCGCUAAGAAUAACAUCACCGUCAUUGAUUAUGAAAAGGAUGCUUUCAUGGCUGAUCAUAAUGGAAAACUUGCUGCGCCUAUACCUCAACAACAACAACAACAAGAAUCUACCAAUCAACCUAAUCGUGUCGAUGUCAUCAACCCUGUGUAA